UAAUAGAAUAGGUAAAUUCACAACACAUUCUAUUAUAAAAAUUACUUUAUCUGAGUUAUCUCCCCUUAUGUGGCAAAGUUGAAAAAAAUGAAUCUAACAAAAAUAUUCUGUUUUUUGUAACAUACGUCCGUAAUAUGAUAAAACACUUAAUUUUCUAUAUUAACAUGAAAAGUCUUGCACAUGAAUUACAUACAACUCUCAAAUUUGCACAUUUCAUUAAAGAUCUAGACCGAUUGUUAUCUGCUGUUUCAAAAUCCAAGAUGGAGUAAGACACCCCAGCUACCUUAAUUAGGAAAUGGAAUUCAUGGUUAAUUGAAUAAUUCCAUCCCAGCAAAUAUGGACAAAUUCUCUGCUGUAAAUGUGUUCUAGAAUAUCUGUCAGCUUCUAUGAGGAAUUUGCUAUUUCUAAUUCCACAACAUUAUCUUUACUUAUUCCAAUGGUGCUUGUAGGUAUUGACAAUGAACACAUUAAACAGUUCAUAUACUUUGCCAUGAAGGAGUGCCAACUGACUGUAACUGGGUCUUUAAACCAGAAUGUCGUAAGAAGUAAAAGAAGGCUGGUAGUUCAGUGAUGUAAAUGUACAUAAAAUAUUAAAAAUAAGAUGGCAGCAUAUAAGUUUACAUCCCACAGACAACUCAGAGGUCUGCUAAAUGAUGCAGAAGUUAAACAGAAAAAAGAUAUUGCAGAAUUUGCUGGGGGACAUUUGAAUGAAUCACUAUUAUAUAAGCCUUCUUCUGAGUGGGCUAGUGCAAAAUGGACAGCUGGCAAAGAUACCGCAAGUUCUAGUCCAAAGUCAGCGGUUUCUCGAGAGACAAAUCACAAUGAGGGAAAGAAGAUGAAGAAUGUUUUAAAUGUCCUUUAUGACUUUAGUGUUGGUACCUCAGGAAGUCUUCCAAUACCUAGCAAAAAGUCUACACCAAACAAAAAAGAUUACAAAAAAGAAUAUGAUGACUCAAGACCUGUUUCUACUAGAAAGGAUAUUAGUCCUGUAUCUAGAAAAUCUAUUUAUAGUGAAUUAAAUGAUGGUGUGCUAGUGGAAGAGCUUAAAGCAGAAGAAAUGAUGUUACCCCCUCCUCUUGUGGCUCCACAAAUGAAAAAAAGUCCUCCUCCAGCAGAUUAUGAUGUAAUGGAAGAGUUAACAGAAAGACUUGAUAAUGAUGGAUAUCUGACAUUUAGACAUACAUUUUUACCUACACACCACACGGGUGUAACGAAGAAAGAUCAGUUUCAUAAAAUGAAACAGUUUGAAAGUGGAGUGCUAAGGAAACAGGAUUCAUCUGAGCAGAAUGUUUUGACUGGAGUGAAAGCAGUGGAGCAUCUAGAAAAAAAGUUGAAACAGGAAUUAGACAAUUUGAAUAUAUUUGAUUCAGGACCUAAUUUUCAUAAAUUACAAGUUUAUAGUAAUAUAUAUGAAGAUCUCUUGCUAGAAUCAGCUACCUUUGCUUACAUUCUGAGAUGUAUUAAGACAGAAUAUGACAACUACAUUUCUCGACUGUUAGAUAAACAAACACCACAAAAUAGUCGGAUGUUGCGGGAUCAAGUCCAGCAGAUGACCAGUAGGGGAACAUCAAGACCUAAAGAUUUAAUUGAUGCCAAACAAAAAGUUGUGACUUUAGAGGAAAAAGCAACAUCAUGUUUAGAAGAAAAUGAAAGACUAAGAAAGAAGUUAGAUGAAGAAAAAAUAUGGUUAGAAAAUGCUUCAGAACCAGAGCCAAGGCCUGCUAUUUCCAGUGUGUAUAAGGAAGAACCACCACCAGAAUUAUGUGAUGAAAUAGAACAUGUUAAAUCUCAGAUCUUAGAAAAACUCGAUGAUUUACAGGAUUUGCGAACAAAACUUAGAGCAGAUUAUGUUCCAUUAACUGUGUGCUCUCACCUAGAACAGUGCAUUAAAGAAACUGAGAUUGAAGUACAAAAGUUGUUAAAACAGAAUGAAUAUUUAGAGAAGACAAUAGGAGAUAUGGAAAGUGAACUAAAAGAUGCUAUACAAGAUGCUGAUACUAGUGAGAGAGAUUCUAGGCGUAUUUGGAGGAAAGUAAAUUCAAGACGAGGUUUGCCAGGAUCAACUGGGGAAGAAGAUGACGAUGAUGAUGAUGAAAGUAAAUGGAACUGGUAUAUCUCAUGAUAAAAAAAGACAGAAACAUUGAACCUAGUCUGUGAUAACACUGUGAUAAUUUCUAAUCUAUGGAGUGAUACUGAUAGACAAAUUGUAUGUUAGAAUGUGUAACUGAGUAUGGAAAAAUAAGUAUCUAACAGAAUUUGUGUACUGCAUGCUAGGUAUUUUACACUAAGAAUGCUGUUUUGCAUGGAGAAAGUUUUAACUAUUGAUUUUUUCAGAAUCCCCCAGAAAAGCUGGUCAGGUGAUUUACAAAUGUAUAACUAGGUGCUACAAAAGUGUGUAAAGUACCAAAAUUAAUUGAACUUUUUUCAUCCUCCUUAUUUAGCAAUUGCAAAUUUAUUUUGCAGGACAUUUGUUUUUCAAGAGCUUAAUGGUCAUGGAAUUUUUUCUUCAUAUCAAUAUAAAAAUAAAAAAAUUCUGAGAAACAUGAGAGCUUACUGUUAAAGAUGAUAGAAAUAUUUAAAUGACAUAUUUGAAUUUGAAAAAAUAAAGGUUAAUCAGUAUGUUUGUUUGAAUUAUUGCAGCAACAGAACAUACAAUAUUUUACCCAAAUACACUUAAUGUAAAACUUUACAAAGACCAACUUGUCUUUAAAAUAUAAAACAGUUAAGAAAUUAAACCUAUAUGUAGGAAUGCUAGUUGUAGGAUGGUUUAUUUUACAAUGUGUGUAGUGUUUUUGCUAGAGAGAGAGGGAGUUUGUUUUGUUAAUAUUUGAGUGUGCAGAAUAGUUUAUAUGAUGCAAGAAAAACAGUGAACUAAGAUGUGUUUGUUGCUAAAAUAUGAAAUAAAAAGUUGUUUUACUGUA